ACCAUAACCUUAAUUAAAUUAAGUUUAAGUUAUUUUGAUGUGACCAAAAUGCCGGCGUGACUUCUAUCAUGUUUCUCUCACAGUUCGAGAACAAUCUCCAACAGGCUUUUGCCAAAAAUAAUGUCCAAACAGUCAUUGAAGUAUUUGCCACGGAAAAACUUUUCAAAUCAUUCGCAGAUCGACUGGAGAAAAUCGUCAUCAAGGAACUGGAUAAAAAUCUAUUUAAAAACGUCAUCCUGAUUCUCAAAGCCAUUGAAAAAGCAAUGGAGCAAGACCCGGAUUGCUUUCACACACUUGUUCAACAAGGCCUUGUUGUAAUGAUGCUCACUUGGUAUGAGAGGACAAUGGAGCAAAUAAUCCUGAGUGAAGAAGCAACUCCAGAGCAGAUGACUUUCCUAGAGGCUUUCUAUGAUAUUGCUGUGAAACUUUCUCAUGGCAUUAUUGAAGGCAAAGCUACAAUCAGGACUCUUCUUAUUCUGCGCUUUGGGGCUCUUGUGGCAGAUGAGAGGGCAAACUACAAACUUCGCCUUGAUGCCAUUCAGACAAUUAACUCCAUGGUGGAUGGGAUUUCCAAGGAUGACCGGCGAGAUAUUUGUCAAUGCUCUUCUCUUUCUCAGCUCCUGGAAGACUUUGCCAAUGCUUUGUUGAAAGGUGGAGAUUAUGAGUUUCAGGUUGCUGUGACUGAGGCACUGUCACGCAUGACCGUAAAGAGGACAAGAGAGGACAUUGCCCACAAGUGGUUUGGUGACAAAGGACUGGCAUCCUCUUUUAUUGGUAUUAAAUACGGAGAGUUCGAAACAGAUUGCCGGAUAUUUCUAAAUGAAGUAAAUCUCUCAUUUGGAGAUGAAAGAAGAGUUUUCACAUUUCCCUGCUCAAGAGUGUUUCUUGGCCCUACUGAGCUUUACAAGCCUGAUGAUGUACACCUCAAGGAGUUCUGGGUGGAUUUCAACGUUGGUUCAUCCUGCAUCACCUUCUCUGUGGAUGAUCCAGAGAACUCUCUCUGGGGGUCUAUCUGCUUGGUGAAGACAUCUGUUCGAUUCUAUGAACUGUCAACAGUGACUGACCAACUACUCCUGACUAUCUGGACCACCAGUCCUGUUGUCCCCUAUGGAAAACUUUCAGGCCAGACGGUGUAUAUGUACUUCUCGCCAUGCCUUGAUAUUGCAUCUGCUUUACAGAAAGUCUUUGGGGAUAUACCACAACCCAAGGGCUCAGUACCAGAAAGACAAACAGCCCCUCUGGCCUCCUACAUUGAAGACUCCUCCUCAGAACCUCCUGGUCCAGUAACAGAGGAUUCUCCAAGUCCACAGAUUACGAACGAAGACACAGAGAUGAGCCAGGCGGAGGUGUCCGUACAACAAGAGGAAGAAAGCACCCCCACACAAGAUGUCUUCCUGAUGCGCAAUGACUCUGACACAGAGGUUGAAGUAAAACACAAUCUUGAACCCACAAGACGCUUAUCAAAGCGCUCACAAGUCACAAAGCCAGACAAUGUGUCAUUCUGGACUGCUUUGAAGAUUUAUAAGGUAAUGAGGGCAAGAACAAGAUUUCUCAGCAAGCCCGCCUCCACAAAUGUGUCUCAUCCGACUGUCUCGGCCAGCACAACUGAGAAGAAAGUUCCACAGAAGACCAGAGGGGAAGGGUCCAACUGGGCUGACCUUGAGGGGAACAGCAUUGCCACAGACAAGCUCAGCCCCUGCCACACUAGCACACCCACAUGCACCUACACCAGGAAGAAACCAAAGGUCAAAGGUCGACUGAGGGUCCUGCCUCUAUCAUCCCCCAGUAGUGGAGAGGAGGACCAUGUUAAGACUUUGUCAUCAAUCCAAAAGACAUCAGCUGCUAAUCUACAGGUCAUUUCUGAAAUCUCUGAAUGUGAGAAGGGCCAGACAGACGCGAUGGCCGACUCAGGAUUCCUUGAGCUGUCGGUCCUUGACAGCACCAUACCUGAAACUCUACCCUGUGACCUGGCUGAUAAGGAAAGUGCACUUGCUCAAGAAUCAUCAUUUCAAUCAAGAAAAAGGCCCCUCAAGAGUCCAGAGCCUUCUGUGAUCCAGAGGAGAGAGCAGACAGGAGUAGGCCUGCAGUCCAGAGGCCUAUUCCACUCCCAUCCACAAGAGGGGGCAGCAGACCCUGUAAUGGCAGAUGAGGAGGACUCUGAGGCAGAUAUCAUGGGUCCUGAUGUGAUCUCCGCUUUCCGGAGCUUCAAGUCUCAGCUGCUGGACCACGUCUUUGCAAAAUAUCAGAAAAUAGAGACAAGAUCUCUACAGUCACUGUCUGAUUGCCAGAACCAGGUGGUGACGCUUCUGAAAACUGUGCAAACUCAGCGGCUGCAGCUGCUGGAGAGGUUUGAGGAAGUGGUUGUGGAGCAGCUUGGGCGUCUGGAGCAGGAUUGUCGUUCACUCAGGAACAUCGAGCAGGAGACCAUGACCUUCUGGAAGACGGAGUACCAGGCCGUGAGAUCCUUUUGUGAACGUCAACAAAGCAGACUGGACUCCUUAGAGAUCUGCAGAGGUAACACCACUCAGCACGCCCCGGCUCCACAGGCUGAGGAGGAGGAUGCCAGCAUGGAGUAGCACACUUGUCUGCUACAAUGGCCUAUACCAUGUACAUUAAAACAUAAGAUGUUAAUAACCUUGGUAAGCUUUUUGUUUGUGUGUGUGUGUGUUAGCUGGAUGCUCAUGUUAGGAUUAAACACCACUUUUAUUAGUUAAUUUGAUUGAAGUGUAUCAUUUUGUACUUAGUGCAGUAUGCAAAUUGGCACACUGCCCAUAAAUGGUAUGGAAAGUAAGUGGCCUAUAGUGUGGAGAUAUUUGUUGAAAUAAAUAUCAAGUGUAGGAAUAAAACAUUGCAGGGAAAUACAUUCUGAUAUAAACAGUAGUCUGAUUUAA